AUGCCCCGCGACACGGCACACGAGCCUCUCUUGGCCCAACACCACACCUCUCCCUCUAACAAUGUCUUCGCAAUCACCGUCGACGAUCUGGCCCCACUGACAGACCCGACCAACCCCAAGUUACCUCGCGAUUUGGGAGGGAUUGACCAGAUCUGUAAGGCCCUCAAGGUUGACCCCAAGUUAGGUCUCAACUCUGACGAGGCCCUCGGAGCGUCGUCGUCUUCGGCGCCCCAUGGCAAGUCGGAUGAGCCAAAGUUUGUUGCCAGAUCUGAAGCCUUUGGCCGUAAUGUAUUGCCAGCUGUCGAUAGUGCCUCCUUCUGGUCGUUGGUCAAACAGGCCUAUGACGAUCGUACAUUGAUCUUGCUCAGUAUUGCUGCGUUUGUUUCCUUGGGCGUGAGUAUUUACGAAGACUACGGCCCCAACCACGAUCCUAAUGAGCCCCGAGUGGGCUGGGUCGAAGGUGUGGCCAUCCUGGCCGCUGUUGCCGCCGUGGUCUUUACAAACGCCAUUAACGACUACCAAAAAGAACGCCAAUUCCGCAAGCUGAAUGCCAAGAAGGAAGAUCGCUGUGUCAAGCUCUUGCGCGACGGACGCGAGCAGGAGGUCAAUGUCAAGGAGGUCCAGGUCGGAGAUGUCUUGCUGAUGGAGCCUGGCGAUUUGUUGGCCGUCGAUGGCGUCAUCCUCAAGAGCCACAACAUUACUUGUGACGAGAGUUCUGCCACAGGAGAGUCCGAUGCGAUGAAGAAGGACACUCACGAGCGCUGCUAUGUCAUUUCGGGAUCCAAGGUCUUGGACGGCUCGGGAUCCAUGCUCGUCACUGCUGUCGGUACCAACUCGUUCUUUGGCAAGACCAUGAUGGCCAUGCGCGAGAACACUCCCGACGAGACCCCCCUGCAGAUCAAGCUCGACCUCCUCGCCGAGGCGAUUGCCAAGCUUGGUAUGGCUGCUGCUGUUGCUAUGCUAUUCACCCUGGUUGUCAAGUACUUUGUCCAAAAGUCUCUUUCCGGUGAAGACAUGCCCCCUGGAGCAGAGAUUUUCUCGGACAUGGUCAAGAUUGUCAUUCAGGCCAUCACCAUCGUCGUCGUUGCCGUCCCCGAGGGUCUGCCCAUGGCCGUCACUCUUGCACUCGCCUAUGCCACCACCCAGAUGUUGAAGGACAACAAUUUAGUUCGCGUCCUUUCUGCAUGUGAGACCAUGGGCAACGCCACGACCGUGUGCUCGGACAAGACUGGAACAUUGACUCAGAACAAGAUGACGGUCGUCGAAGGCACGCUCUCGCUCAAGUCGUUCAGCCACAUGGAUGGCGCCAAGACUUGGCGCACAGAGGUUAAGAACUCCGUUGCCGACGUCAUCAUUGAGGGUAUUGCGCUCAAUUCGUCUGCGUUCGAGGACAAGGACGAGAAGGGCAACCUUGCCUUUGUUGGAUCCAAGACCGAGUCGGCUCUUUUGGGUUUCAUCAAGAGCUUGGGUGCUUCUUACAGCACCUUGCGUGCAGAUGUCAAGCUCGCCAAGGUCUACCCCUUCAGCUCGGCCAAAAAGACCAUGUCCUGUGUUGUCGAGUCCCCCCAGGGCAAGGAGCCUUACCGUCUCUAUGUCAAAGGUGCCUCCGAGAUUGUCAUCCGUUCGUGCACCCACUACGUCGACUCUGAGGGUCAAGUCAUUGCUCUCGAUGACGCUGCCCACGCCAAGUUUGACCAAAUUAUCAGUUCCUAUGCCGAGAAGGCGCUCCGUACCAUUGCCCUUAGUUACCGCGAUAUCUCUACUUCCGAGUUCAAAAGGUUCAAAGACGAAGAUGCCCCCAACGAGAAGCUGGUCUGCCUGGGUGUCGUCGGUAUUCAGGAUCCCUUGAGGCCCGGUGUUGUUGAGAGUGUCCGCGACUUUGCCAAGGCUGGAGUGACCGUGCGUAUGAUUACCGGAGACAACCUGCAGACUGCCCGUGCGAUUGCCAAGAGUGCUGGCAUUUUGUUGAAGGGAGGAUUGGCCAUGACCGGACCCGAAUUCAGGGCUCUUUCCAAAGCCGACCAGACCGAGGCCGUCAAGCGUCUCCAGGUCCUUGCCCGUUCCAGUCCCACUGACAAGACCAUUGUUGUUCGCCGUCUUCAAGAACUCGGAGAAAUUGUCGCCGUGACCGGCGAUGGCACCAACGAUGGACCUGCACUCAAGAUGGCUGAUGUCGGAUUCUCGAUGGGUAUCACUGGAACAGAGGUUGCCAAGGAGGCAUCGGCGAUUGUGCUCAUGGACGACAACUUUUCCAGCAUCCUCAAGUCCUUGAUGUGGGGACGUGCUGUCAACGACUCUGUCCGCAAGUUCCUGCAGUUCCAGCUCACUGUCAACAUUACUGCCGUCGUGCUGUCGUUCAUCUCUGCUGUUGCUUCGGACGACAACCAGUCGGUCCUUUCUGCCGUUCAAUUGCUCUGGGUCAACUUGAUCAUGGAUACCCUUGCCGCUCUUGCUCUGGCCACGGAACCCCCAAGCCCCGAUGUCCUCAAGCGUUACCCUACCUCCAAGGCUGCCCCGCUCAUCAAUUUCAACAUGUGGAAGAUGAUCCUCGGCCAGGCUAUUUUCCAGAUUGCCAUCAACCUAGCGUUGCUCAAAUACGGUGCCCAGCUGUUCCAUCUCCCCCUGAACCGCCACGGCAAGCUGGAUCCCGAGAACCUCCUUGUCCUCCGCACCAUGAUCUUCAACGCCUUUGUCUUCCUCCAAGUCUUUAACGAACUCAAUUGCCGCCGCAUCGAUGACACCAUCAACGUCUUCAAGAACCUCCUCCACAACAAGAUCUUUAUUAUCGUCCAGUUCAUCGUCGUGGCGGGUCAGAUCCUUAUCGUCCAAUGGGGUGGCCAGGCCUUUAAGACUGUGCCCCUCACAGGCCAUCAGUGGCUGUUGACUGUCUUGAUCGGAUCACUCUCCCUCCCUGUGGGUCUGUUCCUGAGACUUUUACCCGCCAAGGUUAUUCCCGACGCCGUCAUGUCUCAGGUUCCCGAGGAGCACCAACCCCUGGUCAGCGCCGCACGUAUGCGUUGGGAGGGAGCGAGCAAGCAGGUGAUCAUGCAGGGCAAGUUCUUUGAGGCCAUCCACAAGAAGAAGAAUGCGCAACAGGACGGUAAAGCCACGAAGCGGUUGGGCCUGUCGGGAGAAUUGGCCAAGGACACUUUGUGGAAGAAGGCGUAUGGCGCCGCAAAGACCCAGCUGGACAACAGCAACAACAACAACAACAAUAGCUCUAGCAGCGGUAGUACUUCUCUGUAG